CAGUGUUUGAGGGUGUACUAGACUCCUUACGCUAUGUUUAUUUCAAGGUUGUCUAAUUGAUUCCACGCGCUAGGGACACCCAACAAAAGGUUGCAGUGAUCUCCUGUGUGACCCAGGACGUGAGAAUUUCAGGAUGGAAUGCUGCUCCCCAGAGUAAAUGGGUUUUAUGUAAACUUUAAGCCUAGCUACUGAAAAGUGGUCCUGGGACCUAAGGAACUGACAUCACCAGUUAGAAAUGCAGAAGCUCGCCCCAAGCCGUGAACUCCCAAGUCAAAAAUCUGCAUUUCAACAAGAUCCCCAGGGGAAUUCCCAUGGAGUGCGGGUGUGAAAAUGCACUGCUUUAAGGAUAUUUGAUCCGGAAAAACGUUAAUCAUAGGAUAAGUGGAAGAAACUUGAGAAAAAGUGUAAAGUAGGAUCCAGAUUGCUUUAGCGUCAGUAACAUGAGGUUUUUCUUUUGGAACGCGAUCUUGACGUUGUUAAUCACAUCUUUGAGUGGAGCUCUAAUCCCCGAGCCAGAAGUGAAAAUUGAAGUUCUCCAGAAACCAUUCAUCUGCCAUCGCAAGACCAAAGGAGGAGAUUUGAUGUUGGUCCACUAUGAGGGCUACUUAGAAAAAGACGGCUCCUUAUUUCACUCCACUCACAAACAUAACAAUGGUCAGCCAAUUUGGUUUACUCUGGGCAUCCUGGAGGCGCUCAAAGGCUGGGACCGGGGCUUGAAGGGAAUGUGUGUAGGAGAAAAGAGAAAGCUCAUCAUUCCUCCUGCCCUGGGCUAUGGGAAAGAAGGAAAAGGUAAAAUCCCCCCAGAGAGCACACUGAUAUUCAACAUUGACCUCUUAGAGAUUCGAAAUGGACCAAGAUCCCAUGAAUCAUUCCAAGAAAUGGAUCUCAAUGAUGACUGGAAACUCUCUAAACACGAGGGUUGUACAACCAUCAACACAGUUAAUUAUGGAACACUUUCAUCACCUCAGGAAGAAUCCUGCAGUUGCUCCCCACCAUCCCAGAAGCCCCCAGCCAUCGGUCCACUCUCUCUAGGGUUUUGCCCAUUUUGCACAUUUUCUAAUAAUCCUGAAAGCCCAACCCUUUCUGUCUAGGGUAACAAUAAAUAAGUCCUCC